CCCUGUUUCAAGGGAUAAGAAACCCUGCGGUUAAGGUUCCUUCUUUCCCAGGCGGCUGCCGAAGAUGGCGGAGGGACAGCAGGUCCUGGUUCUCGAUGGCCGAGGCCAUCUCCUGGGCCGCCUGGCAGCCAUCGUGGCUAAGCAGGUGCUUCUGGGUCGAAAGGUGGUGGUUGUGCGCUGUGAGGGCAUCAACAUUUCUGGCAAUUUCUAUAGAAACAAGUUGAAGUACCUGGCAUUCCUCCGCAAGCGGAUGAACACCAACCCCUCCCGUGGCCCCUACCACUUCCGAGCCCCCAGCCGCAUCUUCUGGCGGACAGUGCGAGGCAUGCUGCCCCACAAGACCAAGCGAGGCCAGGCCGCUCUGGACCGCCUCAAGGUGUUUGAUGGGAUCCCGCCACCCUAUGACAAGAAAAAGCGGAUGGUGGUUCCUGCCGCCCUCAAAGUUGUGCGUCUGAAGCCUACACGGAAGUUUGCCUACCUAGGGCGCCUGGCUCAUGAGGUUGGCUGGAAGUACCAGGCAGUAACGGCUACACUGGAGGAGAAGAGAAAGGAGAAGGCCAAGAUCCACUACCGGAAAAAGAAGCAGCUCAUGAGGCUACGGAAGCAGGCCGAAAAGAACAUAGAGAAGAAAAUCGACCGAUUCACAGAGGUCCUCAAGACCCAUGGAUUCUUAGUCUGAGCCAAAUAAAAUUGACCGUUUCUUCUUCA